AUGGCGAGGUUUGAUGCAGAUAAUUUGACUGACAGUGAAUUACGUUCAAAAUUAGCAGAAUAUGGACAUCCCGUUGGUCCAGUGACUGAAACUACACGUAAAAUUUUAUUAAAAAAACUUAAAAUAUUAAUGAAACAAAAGAGCACUUCAUUAAAUUCAAAUAGAAGUUUAGCACAAUUUAGUUCGGCUGAUGAGUCCGGAUCAGAUACUGACCAAAAUGGCGGCAAUAGAAAUUUGGGAAGAGUUUCCAUGCCGCCUCCUAGUAGUUAUAGAUCGACAAAGCGUAAAUCAAUUUCAAGGAAUUGUGUACCCGAUUCUUCUGUGCCUUCUAUAUCAAAAGUAUCUUGUUCAACUCCAAUUAAUCAAAAUCGAAAUAAUAUCGAUUUCAAAAUAUCUAGGUUUAGCACUCCGAAUUAUUCUACAAAACAACCUUUAUAUUCAACUAUAGUGAAACCGAGCAGUACUUCAACUUCCUCAUUUGAUUUUGACUCAGGGUCUGAUUCUGAUGUGCCUGAUUUUAAAAAUUCAUCACCAAUACUUAGAAGGAAAAGUGGCUUAUCUUAUGGUAGUUUAUCAAGUUACAGAUCAAGACUUAAUAAUACAAAUACGAGAAAUUUCAUAUCAAAAACUCCAUCGGAUUUGUUGUCCCAUAGGUUGAAAAAUGAUUUCAAAAAGGAAUCAAGAGGUGGUACUUUAAAUCCUUUAGAUAUUAAGGAAAGUGAUGCAGAAGAUGAUGUUAUUACAGAUAAAUGGAAAAAUGUUAAUAUUGCCUCUAAGACUUUUAACUUCAGAGACUGGACAAAACCAAUUAAAUCAGUAUUGCAAUAUGCAAAUUUAAAAAACAUUUCAACUAGUGGCAGUAGUAAAACAUGGUACAGUAGCAAAAGUCAGUUAUUGUCAAUGAUUCUGUUAGGAUUGUUUCUACUGUUUUUUGGAUGGCUUGCAUUAGCUUAUUUUAAAGUGAGCCAAAGGGCAGGGAUUGGUGGAAAAUCAGUUCACAACUAUCCGAUAUGCAGUGAUGAACAACCAGGGGAUAACUGUAUUCCUAAACAAGAUUUAUCAUAUGCUAUAAGAUUGUACAAAGAUGUUCAUUUAGAAUUACAAGCUCGAAAUUUAAGAUAUGUUUGUGGGCCUCCUCUGGAAGAUGGAUCCAUGCCAAAACCUUACAUGACAGAAAGAGAAAUAUUUAACUUUUUGUUACGAACCAGACGAGACAAUGAAUUGAAAUCUUUGAAAAACGGUAUAGGAAACUUGAAACUUUUGAUUUGGGCAAAUAAACACUGGGGCAUAUCUUUAAAAGAAGAGUCUGAUUAUCCCGUUAAGGGUUACAUAGCUGAAGAUGUUGGUCCUAGCGACAUUAAAAAUAAUGCUUACAUAUUCGAAAGUAGAUAUUUAUCAAUUCCUUGGACUUGUUACCUCAUGAGACUUUUUUAUAAAGCCCUGUUUACGAUAGCCGUUACUGCAUUCGCCGGUGUUAUAUUGUAUUUCCUGGUUGUCAUCUGGAGAUAUUAUAAGCGGUCCAAAAAAGAAGAAAAUGAUAAAACCAUGGCAAUCGUGGAAAAAAUUUUAGAAUACAUGUCAGAAUCUGCUGAUAGAGCGAAUAGCGGAAUUGACUCUAACGGUUCCCUGACGAGUAUUCCACAAGAUUAUGUUUCCGUCCGACACGUGCACGACACGUUAAUACAUCCAACGGAGAGACAAAAAAUGGCAAAUAUUUGGGAUAAAGCCGUCAAAUUUAUCGAAGAAAACGAAUCCAGAAUAAGAACGGAAGUUCAACAAGUUUGGGGAGAAAAUACGAGGGUUUGGAGAUGGCUCGGACCAACAAUAAAUAAACCCACAAACAAUUCACAAAUGGACGCGGAUUCCGGAAAUGAAUCAUCCAAUCAACUUUAUCCAGAUUUGUCCAGUUUGAAAGCAGAAGCUAAAAGAUGUUCGGACAGAGUUUGGCAAGGAGAAGCUUUCGAAACUUCAGAAGGAUCCAUGAAUUCUUUACCGUUGUCACCUACGCAGUGCCUAAAAAUCAGACAUAUGUUUAAACAUGACAAGGAUUACGGUCCGGAUUGGAUUUUAAAAGUAAAAGAUGCAAUCGUUGAAAAAUGCGAAGGUUCGAAAAUCGUUCACCUUUCCGUCGAUAAGGAAUCGAAGGAAGGUUGCGUUUACGUUAAAUGCGCCUCACCUUUAGAUGCGGGAAUCGCUUACAGGCAAUUACACGGAUCUUGGUUCGAUGGGGCUUUAAUAACGGUUAAAUAUUUGCGGUUGGAAAGAUAUCACGAACGUUUUCCCGAUUCAACGUAUGCAAGGACGCCACUUCGACCCUCUAACAAUCUCAGAUUGAGUUUACAAGGAACAUCAUCAUCAUCAUCAUAA